AGUGAUGUCAAUAUAUAAACCCUGACAAGAACAAUUCAAUUCACAAUUAAGUUUGUAUUGAUAUGAAGACCUUCAUAGUAGUAGCAGCCUUUGUGGCACUGUGCUCCGGCCAUGCCAUCCCCGACACUCCAGUAGACCGCGAUGCUAUCCCCACCAUCCCGGGAGACAACAGCCACUAUGUAGAGGGUGAGAGCCGCUACAUCUGGAUGGGAGAUGAAGAAGGCAACCCGGUCUUAGUGGAUCUAGACGAGCCCGUCGAUGAGAGUAUAGUGAAUGCCAGGAAUGGAGCUAACAACCAAUAUUGGCUUUUCACCAGACGUAACCCAAACAAUCAUCAAGUGCUCGUUAAUGGGAACAUCAACUCAGUUCGCAACUCAAACUACAACGCCGCACGGAACAUAAAAGUCAUCGUCCAUGGAUGGAACAACAACGGAGGAUCUCAUGUGAACAACGUCAUCAGACAAGCUUUCCUCGCCGUAGAGGACGCUAACGUCAUCGUAGUAGACUGGCGUGGUCUCGCUGGAUCAAGCUACAACAAUGCUGCCAACGGUGUUCCUAAUGUUGGUCAACAUCUCGGUAACUUCCUCGUGUGGCUCAUCAACAACGCUGGAGGCAACUGGAACAACGUGCACCUGGUCGGUCACAGUUUAGGAGCUCACGUUAUUGGAAAUGCUGGACGUCAAGCUGGUGGUCGUCCUCGUCGUGUAACCGGUUUGGACCCCGCUGGUCCCCGUUGGGGCGGUAACGGCAAUGCAUUGAACAGGAACGCCGGUCGUUAUGUAGAGUGCAUUCACACUGACGGUCAUGUAACUGGUAUCAUGAACGCAAUUGGUCACGCUGACUUCUACCCCAAUGGUGGUAAAAACCCUCAGCCCGGCUGCUCCAACAAUGUCUGCUCCCAUGGCCGCGCUAACGACCUGUUCGCUUCCACUGUCCGCUACAACCGUCUGGUCGGAAGAAGAUGUCCAAACAUUUGGGAAGCAGAGCUCUCCACUUGUAACGGAGCUGCCUUGAACAUGGGCAAUGCUCAGUUGGGCAAAUCAGGGAGCGGUCUUUAUGGACUCAGAACUGGAAGAACCUGGCCUUUCUAAACUGAAAAUCGAAUGAGAAGUUACCUUAAUAGAAUCGGCAUUUUUUGUUGAAACAUGUUUUUUUUUUUGUAAGUCCAAUAAAAUAUUAAUUUUAUG